AGCCGAGCCCGCCCUCCUAGUCCGGUGAGGGGUUGCGGCCGCAGCCAGCACCGCCAGCAUCGCCAGCGCUGCCGCCUCAGUCAUGCCGAAGCACGAGUUCUCCGUGGACAUGAGCUGCGAAGGCUGCGCAGAAGCGGUCUCUCGGGUCCUCAACAAACUGGGAGGAGUUAAGUUUCACACUGACCUCCCCAACAAGAAGGUUUGCAUUGAAUCUGAACACAGCGUGGACAUUCUGCUGGCAACCUUGAGGAAAACAGGAAAGACCGCUUCCUACCUUGGCCCCAGCUCUGAGUAGCAAGGGCCUGGGCUCCGACCUACAGGAUGAACCAAUGGGGGCAGGAUGCUGAUCCUCUCCUGGCUUCCAGACAGACCUGGGACUUGGCAAUCCUGCUUAGCGAUGGGAGUAGUUCCUGUGGAGAACUUUACUUGACCUGCUCCUUCCUAGCCUCCCUGCAAUAAACUCAGGCUGCUUUUGUCA